GGCACGGCGUCUCGCGGCCUGUCUGUCUUCCUCCGCCUCGGCGAGCUGACAUGUGCCGCCAUCGUUGUCGGUGUUGUUGGCCGGCUCUUCUACCUGAUUGACCAGGGCGGCUCUAUCGAUCCCAAUCCGAGACUAGUCUAUACGAUGGCUGUUGCCGGGCUGACCAUUCUGUUCUCGCUUUUCUUCAUGCCACCGCUGGCCUAUGCCUUUUGGGCUUUCCCCGUCGACUUCUUUUUCUUCGUGGCCUGGCUGGCUGCCUUUAUUGCUCUCGAGAUACUGAGUGGGUAUGGCGCCUGCGAUGGGUGGUGGUUCAACAAUUACUGGGGGUAUUAUUGGGGAAGAUGGUACACGGUGGGCCCUGCCGGCAUCAAUGUGAACUGGACAGGCUGCGGAUCUUGGCGAACGGUCCUGGCCUUUUCGUUUGUUGCUUGUUUUCUUCACCUCCUCAGUUUCUUCCUGGCGAGU